AUGGACGGACGCCAGCCGCCGCCCAGCGACGACCACGCGACGCCCUCCAAUUCCGGGAACCCCAACAUCUUCGACGACGAAUAUGCCCUCGAACGCGACCAGGACCCGGAGUUUGGCAUGGGAGUAGCGGAUGGAUUCCGGCCUGGAAACGAUCGUGGAAGCGGCAUAGCGAGCAAUUCGGCCACUGCACUCGACCACAGGACUUCGAUACGGUCGUCAGUACGUCACUCCAUCUCGGAAAAUUUCCCACUGGACACCAAGGGCCCCCCGGCCGUCUCUCAGCAGCGCAACAGCAUAUCCAAGGGCGGCCAUGCGGCACGAGGAUCUUUCACCAUGGCCCAAGACGGCCCUAAUUCUCAGACUCCCGAACGAAACAGCACAUCUUCCCCGGCCCCUCGCCUGCCCCAGCUAUCGCACCGCAUCUCCAUUGCAUCUACAUCAUCCUUCGCGACCGAACAUGCGUCGCAGAGUGGUUUUGCAGCAGGAAACUCUGGCCCCAGCCACCCCUAUGGCAUGUACCCUCAGGGCACUGGUCUUGCCCGCUCAUCCAGCGUCACGACAACCUCCACCGUUCAGGGACCCCAACGAGCCAUGUCGCAACACGGCCCCGCGCAUCCGUACGCAAUGUACCCCCAAAAUGUCUUCGACGACCCCGAUGAGAUCCGGCCGGCACCCGUGCAAAACCAGAUUCCAGUUGGCUUUCCCGGACUCGGCCAAGGUUUUCACAGGCAAAUUGGACCCGACGGCGAAGAGCAGGAUAUCAUCGGGCCUGACGGCCACACGGAGCAAUUGCCCCCCUACUCGAGAUUCCCGGAGGAGGGUCCGACCAAGGCCUCGCUUAUGGCAGUGCCCGAGGAGUUUGAUCUCGUGACCGGAACAGAAGCGGGGGUUGCAGCAGGAGCCACUGCAGGAGUCGCGGCAGGGGCCGCAGCCGGUGGUCUUGCGGCUUCGCCCGCUGCAACCCACGGCCCUUCGAUGUCUCAAGAAGGGUUACCAUCGAGCAACUCUAGUAUGAUGAUGCAACCCAUGGCCAACGGGCAGACAACUCCACAGUCGCAAGAGCCCUUGCAGGCACAAGACCGAUCUGCCUCGGAGGAAAUGCAACCAGACAGUUCCGGAAAUCCAAACGACAAAAGUUGGAGUGAGAAGUCAUGGCAGGAAAAGCGAAAAACUAGGAUCCUGUGGGGAAAGGUGCCACUGUGGGUGUUUAUCACCGCCCUCGUCAUCAUUGUGAUAUUGGCAGUGAUUCUGGGGGUUGUCAUUGGCACAUUCAUGGCCAAGGGACGUAUGGACAAGAACAAAGAUCGGCCUUCUAUGGUCACGGUGGUUAGCACGGAAUCAUUGUUUGACGCUUCAAGCAUUCAAGUGAUUCCCACCGGCCUCCCCGCCUUACCCGUGGGCAAGUAUGCACUUCCGAUUCGCAGCCCUGACGUCUCGAGCAAUGAGUGCCUCACGAGCUCGGGGCAGAAUGAUGCUUGGUCCUGCAACGUGGACGGACCGCCUCUCGAGAUCAACGUCAAAUCCUACGGAAAAGCCAACUCCUACGCCAUGUGGCUUUCGCCCUUGGACAACACCACGGGCGUCAACUACGGAAGUCAAGCACCGAACAUCGACCCUCAGGCGCUUAGCCUGGUUACUGACCUUGACAACCCCACUGAUGGACCCGCCUGGCACUUCCAGACUUUGUACGACAAGAUUGUCAUCCUGCGGCCUGAAGAUUUCGCGGCUGGUUCAGAGUACGAGAAACGCGAUGCGCAGUUCGCGAGUGACCCCUACCCGCCAGAUGGCUUCAAUAUGCCUUCAGGAUUCAGAUCUCGUCAUCAAGUGGUUGCGGGCGACAAGCCUUGGUACUGCAUCUGGAACUCGACUUUCAUCGAGACGUUCAUCUAUGUGGAACAGAACACGUCCUCGGCUGUGUCGACAGGCGUGUCCUCGGCUGUGGCCUCAGCAACUAAUUACGCGACACCUGCACAGUCGUCGAGUUCGGUACCGACUACGACAUAUCCCUCGCCGGUCACGGUUGUGUCUACAAAUAGUGCGGCCAUCGUGACGACUACGCCCACGCCGGUCGAGCGACGCAGUACGCCUGGCGAUACCGACAGCAACGACAUCCAAUGGUACCCACGCAUCGUGAAGAUUGAAGAACGUCGAACAUCUACGAAGGAGCAAGCAUACUGUCAACAAAUGCAGCUUCUUGAUGAUGGACGGAUGGUCCCGACGUUGAAAGACGGCAAGACGAUCGUGGUGACGCUAUCGGAGUCAGAUCCAGACUACAGUGACUAUAAGAGUGGAAGCACCAGCAAACGUUCGAACUCUCUGCACAAGCGAGAUGACCCUUCGAAUGCUUGCCAUUGUCAGUGGUCGUUCAUAUAG